AUGUGGAGCGAAGACAGCAGUCAAUGUAACACAGGAGACACAGGAGACACAGGAGACACAGGAGACACAGGAGACACAGGUAACACAGGAGACACAGGAGACACAGGAGACACAGGAGACACAGGAGACACAGGUAACACAGGAGACACAGGAGACACAGGAGACACAGGAGACACAGGAGACACAGGAGACACAGGAGACACAGGAGACACAGGAGACACAGGAGACACAGGAGACACAGGAGAGACAGGAAACGGAGGUCCUCAGUCCGGGAUCAAGGAGGAGUUCCUGCAGGACUGUCUGCAGGUGGAGCUGCCCCCCCACUGUGACCCCUACAGCCAGCCCCGCCCCCUCAGGCAUCCCAGCAUCCCCCCUCCAGGCAGCAGCUCACCUGCAGCUCUGUCAGGUGUUACCUGUGGCAGGGGGGUCGCCCCCCACACCCCACAGCCCCCUCAUCCCCCCACCCCCACCUCCCCACACCUGCCCGAAUACAGCAGCCCCCCAAAAACAGACACCUGGCCAGGUACUAGCCCCGCCCCCUACAGCCCUGCAGGACAGAGUGGGUGGAGCCAACAGCAUCACAAUCACCACGCUCCCAACACACACUUCUGGUCUCAGCAUCACAGUUCUGCUCCGUAUCCACAGCCAGUGUCCAACCACCCAGGUCCGGAGUUUUGGUGCUCCGUCUCGUACUUCGAGCUGGACGUCCAGGUGGGCGAGAUGUUUAAGGUUCAGUCCAGGUGUCCUCAGGUGACGGUGGACGGAUACGUAGACCCUUCAGGUGGAGACAGAUUCUGUCUGGGACAACUGAGCAACGUCCACCGAACUGCGGCCAGCCAACGGGCCAGGCUCCACAUUGGGCGGGGGGUGCAGCUGGAGUGUCGGAGGGGGGGAGACGUCUGGAUGCGUUGCCUUAGCGACCACUCGGUGUUCCUCCAGAGUCUGUACCUGGACCGGGAGGCGGGAAGAGCGCCGGGGGACGGCGUCCACAAGAUCUACCCCGGAGCGUCCAUCAAGGUGUUUGACCUUAGGCAGUGCCACAGACAGAUGCAGCAGCAGGUCGGAGCGAACCCCGGACCCCCUGCUGUCAGUGUGUGUGCGGGGGGGCUGGGCGUGGACGACCUGCGCAGGUUGUGUAUCGUGCGUCUGAGCUUCGUGAAGGGCUGGGGCUCUGAUUACCCCCGGCGGAGCAUCAAGGACACCCCCUGCUGGCUGGAGGUCCACCUGCACCGAGCCCUGCAGCUGCUGGACCAGGUGCUGCACUUACUGCCAGCACUCUGA